AUGUUGUUCUCUCUUUUUGUCUCGCUUUUCUUGACUGCUACCUACGUCUUUGCACAACGAACAAUUCAAGUUAUCGUUGGCGCUAAUGGCACUCUCACCUAUACACCCGCCGAAAUUACCGCUGAACCCGGAGAUAAUGUCAUAUUCAUCUUCACUUCCAAGAACCAUACGGUUUCCCAGUCAACAUUCGCGGAACCUUGUACUCAGUUUGUCAACACCUCAGUUGCUGAUCCCUCCUUGCGAGCAGUUACCUCUGGAUUCCGUCCGGUACCAGUAAAUGCUACGGUCUUCCCGACAUGGACCAUCCAUAUAACUGAGAAAAAGCCACUAUGGUUUUUCUGUGCCCAAACAGGACAUUGCUCGAAAGGAAUGGUUGCAGCGAUCAAUGCGAACAAGUCGUUGCCCAACACGUUCGCGGCGUUCAAGCAAAAGGCCCUAGCAACUAUUACGAACAACACUUCGUCAAGUUUAAGCGCAUCAGCAAUCUCCACUCGAACCAGUCAGAGAAGCACAAGCACGAGCAUGACUGCGGCUACGACCCAGAGCAACGAGCCUUCCUCCUCACACUCUGGAGCGGCGACUAAUGUGAGGGAUUUGAACGUUAACGCAAGGCUGGUGAUGAGUGGGGUUGUGGGCAUUGUUGGCGUGGGCAUAGGCAUGGGAUCAUUGAUCUAGCUCAGUGCGGGAAUUUGUAUUGUUUCAUUCCAUAGUAGGAGAUGCUUAGUUCUUGCACCGGUGCACCAGGAUACUUUUUGAUAUAAACAUUUGAGUUCGGGUCAAAGCC